UGAACUAUAGUGAUGGUUUCCCUGGUCAUUACUUGUAACUUAUUUUGACUUUUCUAAAUAAAUUUUAUUUCUGAAUUAUCAACUUGUCAUAAGUAACUUAGGCAUGAGUUCAUUUUCUUAAUUUAAGUAACAUCUCGUAAAGGUUAAUAAACUACUAUGGCAAACAUGCCAUUUAAACUGUCCUACAGUUUUGAGGGUAACUAUCGAACGAGACCCGAACAGAAUUUAUCAGGUGAUGGUAGGAAAGAAACACGUGAUAGGCUGCUGAUGAGAGCUCACGAAGAAAGACAGAAACGACAGGAGCAAAGAUUAAAACUGAGUAGUACUGUCGUCAUUCAGGCAUUUAUGAGAAGCUACUUAGUACGACAGCGUGUCAAACAUGAGGAACGGUUGAAAUACGAUCAGCUCGAAAGCAAUUCGGAUUUCAAACAUUUACUGGGGAAAUUUUUGUUCUUUUACAAUCCGCACAUUGACGGCCAACGUUUGGUUAGGAUUUGUGAUAAACUUCUCCAAAAACGAACCGAAAUCUUGAAAGUUUUAGAUUUUGAUGAGUCAUUAUGUUGGUUGGUCCGCCGACUACUCUCUCUUUGUCUGGACGGUUUAAAAAACGAGCACCUUGUAAAAACUUCAAUGGAAUGUAUCAGAGUAUUUACAGCCGAUGCAACUUCAAGGGCGAAGGUUGAAGUGUGGCCGUACUUGGUGACGAAAGGAUAUUUUAGCCGACUGCGUGAGUUAUUGGACAAGGAUUAUGCAGGAGAUAUAAUGGAACUGAUUGAAAGGCCCUUUCGGUCUACCAUAUCUUUAUCACUAAUGCAAGUGAAUUUGUUGUUGUCCGAAUUUUGCAGCCAAUUCCUAUGUCCGAAGGUAUCCUCACAAGUUAAAACUAUUUUGAUUCCGUAUAUGCAAAAAUCUACAGUGUUUCCAUAUAAUGACCUGAUUAAGUUCUUAAAUACUAAUAAGAACUAUGAUGCGACCAAUAGCUUACUGUAUUGCAUUUUGGCAUUGGAACCAGUACUUUAUGGACCAUCCCAAGAUAGUAUUCAAGUUUUGGCCACCCUUACCUUAAAUUUGAACCAGCUGUCUGUCUUAGAAAAUAGCGAAGCAGAUGACAGUGACGAUGAAGCGAUGGAAGUUUCAACAGAACAAGUACAUCUGCAGGACUACAUUUACCUAUUUAACCACUCUGAAAGAGUGAAACGACUUAUUCUGUACAUCGACGAACACAACGACAAUGAAGAGUUAUUAAUGUCCGUCAUACAACUUUGCCAAAACUUGCUACUUGUAUAUAAGGAUGCCAUCAGAAAGUAUAUGUUGCUAUUUAUGUUAGCGCUAAACGGAAAUUUUUUAAACAAAAUAUGGGAUUUAAUAACGAAAGAUGAGGUGACUAUAAAACAAAUGAACAGUACUGCAUUUUCUGUGUGGAAAGAUAUACAUAAGGCGCUUUUGGUUUUUUGUGACAUGUUCACUUUCUACACCGAGACCUUGACCGACUCCGAAUCUUCGGAUACCAGUAUGACAUUCAAAAACUCAAAUUUGUCAUCGAUGGCUGACAUCUUGAAAAAUAUCGCGUUGAGCAUGAUCGACUUGGCGUUUCCAAUGUGUAGGUCAAGCGCGGUUUUACCAUCCCGGGAAUUACUUCACUUUUACAGUUCGUGUCUGAACUGCGUAAAGACACUGUUUACUCUCGAUUUACGCAAGAACUUCUGUAAAGCCGGUUUUUGGACACGACAAAAGAUCCACGUGUCACAAGACCUACCUAAAAAAAACUAUCUUUCAAAGACCAUUCGACCAUUUUAUGGCGUGGUAAGCGAGGAUGAAGACGAACAUUUACCCCCACUCUCAACAAUCGAACAAAGAUCGCUUGCAAUCCUUCAGCAGUUACCCUUCUUAAUUGAAUUUAAUGUACGAAUACUAUUACUGCGCGAGCUGUGUCGUUACAGUAUCGGAGAUAAUAUGAGAUUACAUCGAGAUUUCCUAAGUGAUAGCGUCAUUACAAUCAGAAGAAGGUAUUUGUACGAAGACGCGUUUGAAAAGUUGUCUUAUCAAAACGAAAUCGACUUACGACAUCGUAUUCGAAUACAAUUUAUUAACAAUGCUGGAUUGGAAGAGGCGGGGAUUGAUGGAGGGGGAAUAUUUAAGGAGUUUUUGAGCGAAGUACUGAAGACAUCUUUUGAUCCUACCCGCGGAUUCUUUUUAUUGACCAAUGACAACAUGCUGUACCCCAAUCCGAAUGUAGCAGUAUUAGUGGACAAUUUCACGGAUCACUAUUACUUUAUUGGACGACUGGUUGGAAAAGCAAUUUUUGAGAAUACUUUAGUCGAUUUACCGCUUGCCGAAUUUUUUCUUGUCAAGCUGUUGAUCGAUCGGGCAAGCGCUUACUAUCUGAAAUCGUUGGAUCCAAUUUUGUAUAGAAAUCUGCUUUAUCUUCGCGAGUACAGCGGGGAUGUGCAGGAUUUGGGUCUCGAUUUCACCACUGUGAAUAAUGAUUUGGGGGAGACAAAGGUGAUUGAAUUAAAACCAAAUGGAACGAACAUUUCCGUUACAAGUGACAACAGAUUGGAGUAUAUUCAUAGAUUAGCUAAUUUUAAGUUGAAUACCCAAAUCAAAAAGCAAUGCAAUGCAUUUCGGGAAGGUUUAGACAAUGUGGUUCCUUUGCUGUGGUUGCGAUUGUUCAAUCAUUUAGAACUUCAAGUCAUUAUCGGUGGUGACACACAAGAAAUGGACAUUGAUGAUUUGAAAGCCCAUACAUCCUAUGGAGGCGAAUUUACUCCGGAGCACUCCACAAUGAUUUUAUUUUGGAAGAUAGUUGAAAAAUUCACAGACACCCAGAAAAAACAACUGCUAAAAUUUGUAACAAGUUGCUCGCGUCCUCCUUUGUUAGGAUUUAAGGAACUCAAUCCGCCUUUCUGCAUACAAUCUUCUGGUAGUGAGAAUCGGAUGCCAACUGCUAGCACUUGUUUGAAUUUAUUGAAAUUACCAGUGAUAAAAGAAGAGCAAUUACUUAAAACGAAGUUACUGGCAGCAAUUGAACAACAAGCGGGAUUCGAGUUAUCAUAAGUUUUUGUUACAUUUUUUGGCGUUUGUAAAAAGUUUUUAUAUUCGCAAUAUAAUUUAUUUGUGUAUUUUUUUUA